AUGGUAUAUGCUGCAUCUAUAUUCUUAUCUCCAUUGGUCUCACUUCAAAAGGACGUCGAUUUUGAAUCUCCGGAAGCUAAAAAGCAAGGGCGUGGUUCUACAUCCACUAAGAGAUCCCGUGCUGCAGAAGUCCACAAUCUCUCAGAGAGAAGGCGUCGAGAUAGAAUUAAUGAAAAAAUGAAAGCUUUGCAAGAACUUAUACCUCGAUGCAACAAGUCUGACAAAGCUUCAAUGCUGGAUGAAGCAAUUGAAUAUUUGAAGUCACUGCAAUUACAAGUGCAGAUGAUGUCCAUGGGAUGUGGCAUGGUACCCAUGAUGUUCCCUGGAAUGCAGCAGUAUAUGCCGCCGAUGGGAAUGGGGGUUGGCAUGGAAAUGGGAAUGGGAGUGAACAGACCGGUAAUGCCAUUUCCGAAUAUGAUAGCUAGUUCAACAUUGCCAGCAGCAACUGCAGCUGCUCAUUUAGGACCGAGGUUCCCUAUGUCUCCUUUCCAUAUGCCCCAUGUUCCUGUACCUGAUUCAUCCAGAAUGCAAGCACCAAAUCAGUCAGAUAAUAAUAUCCUUAACGCACUUGGUACACAAGAUCCAGAUCAAUUACGUAUCCCAAACUUCACAGAUCCUUAUCAGCAAUAUCUCAGCCUUCAACAGGUGCAGUUACAAUUAAUGCAGGCAAUGAACCAACCAAAUGUGAGCAAGCCUAGUACCAGUAGUGGUAAAGAGAAUCCAGAAAAACAUCAUUCAGUGCUGCUCCCUAUUGGAUUGCUGGUACCCGUAACUGUCACGUUAAGCUUUUGCGGCACCUGGACAAAAGCUGCUAAGCGGUGUACUAGGCGAGAGCUAGUAACAAGCUAA